GCUGAGGCCGGGCGGACCCGCGCGGCGCAGAGGAAAGAAUUUCCGGGGAGUUGAGCUGAGCGGGAUGCCCAGCUCUCCCCUUGGGAGAGGAGGGGCCCGGCAGCCUGCGACCUGGGCUGUGCCCAGCAAGGCCCUUCUCCGCUCACAGCCUCAGUUUACCCCCCCCCAGUACAGCAGGGAAUAAUAAUAGAUGCUUCCCUGCGGGGAAGGGGCACAGGGCUUCACGGGGAGAAGCUUCCUCCAAGGGGUGAAGCUCAGGUUGGGGGACAGGGAUCAAUUCCGGAGGACCCAAGCCAGGCAGACCCAUGAGGUCUGGCCGGCCAAGGUGGACCAGCCUCCAGCAGGGUCACCCCCUACCCCAGGCCUCCCAUUGGCAGCCCUAGGGUGGAUGCAGCUUCCCCUCUCUAUGCCAGCAGUCCCUCCCUACGGCAGCUGCUCGAAACACAAAUCUGCAAGGCUGCAGGGCAUGGCGUGGCUAUGGGUGUGCCUUUGGGCAGGUGACCUCGCCCUCUAAGCCCAGGAGCGCCCAUCAAAGGGGCAUGAGGAUACCUGGCCCAUAGCUGGUCAUGAGGACCAAACCAGAUGAUGGGUGUAGGCGGGCUGGCAGGGUGGGUGUGCAGACUGGUGAGCUGCCAGCAGGGGCCCAGACGCGCCAGGCCUGGAGAUGGCUGGAAACUGCUCCUGGGAGGCCCAUCCCGGCAACAGGAACAAGAUGUGCCCCGGCCUGACCGAGGCCCCGGAACUCUACAGCCGGGGCUUCCUGACCAUCGAGCAGAUCGCGAUGCUGCCGCCUCCGGCCGUCAUGAACUACAUCUUCCUGCUCCUCUGCCUGUGUGGCCUGGUGGGCAACGGGCUGGUCCUCUGGUUUUUCGGCUUCUCCAUCAAGAGGAACCCCUUCUCCAUCUACUUCCUGCACCUGGCCAGCGCCGAUGUGGGCUACCUCUUCAGCAAGGCGGUGUUCUCCAUCCUGAACACGGGGGGCUUCCUGGGCACGUUUGCCGACUACAUCCGCAGCGUGUGCCGGGUCCUGGGGCUCUGCAUGUUCCUUACCGGCGUGAGCCUCCUGCCGGCCGUCAGCGCCGAGCGCUGCGCCUCGGUCAUCUUCCCCGCCUGGUACUGGCGCCGGCGGCCCAAGCGCCUGUCGGCCGUGGUGUGCGCCCUGUUGUGGGUCCUGUCCCUCCUGGUCACCUGCCUGCACAACUACUUCUGCGUGUUCCUGGGCCGCGGGGCCCCCGGCGCGGCCUGCAGGCACAUGGACAUCUUCCUGGGCAUCCUCCUGUUCCUGCUCUGCUGCCCGCUCAUGGUGCUGCCCUGCCUGGCCCUCAUCCUGCACGUGGAGUGCCGGGCCCGACGGCGCCAGCGCUCUGCCAAGCUCAACCACGUCAUCCUGGCCAUGGUCUCCGUCUUCCUGGUGUCCUCCAUCUACUUAGGGAUCGACUGGUUCCUCUUCUGGGUCUUCCAGAUCCCGGCCCCCUUCCCCGAGUACGUCACUGACCUGUGCAUCUGCAUCAACAGCAGCGCCAAGCCCAUCGUCUACUUCCUGGCCGGGAGGGACAAGUCGCAGCGGCUGUGGGAGCCGCUCAGGGUGGUCUUCCAGCGGGCCCUGCGGGACGGCGCUGAGCUGGGGGAGGCCGGGGGCAGCACGCCCAACACAGUCACCAUGGAGAUGCAGUGUCCCCCGGGGAACGCCUCCUGAGACUCCAGCGCCUGGAGGAGGCAGGGGCAGGAAGCGGCCUCCAAGACCCUUCGCCUUGGGACAGGAAUGGGCACCUGCUUCUGAGUCUAUACAGGAGAAGAAAGAUCUGUUUCCUCUCCUCGGGCCUCCUUCUCCCUGGGCUAGGGACUCCAGGGGUGGCUGGGAGACUGGGCAGCCACCAGCAAACAGACCCUGUGGCCCCUGCCCGGCUCCCCCACCCAUUCUGCUCCCCUAGAGACCUCUUGUACAGAAGUUGCCCCUAGGUGGUGGGGCCCCUCCUUGCCCUAGGCUGGUUGGUAAAAGAGAGGAGGUCAACACCCAGCCUAGCCACCUCUGCCUCUUGGGUCAGCCCUCCUUGACUGUGUCCCAGCCAGCACCAGGCCAGCAGCCUCAUCCCUGCCAUUCAGGGCUGUUCCAGAGAUUCGAUCCUCUUAAGGCAUUAUCAGUGAGCAAAUGUGAAGGAAAUGGUGUCUGGAAGAAAGUUCUGGUUCACAUGCCUUGUAGCUAAGUCUUUCUGCAAACAACCUCCCUUCCCCCCGUCGAGUCAUUUGGUGACUUUGAUGGGGGGAUUUCUGGUUAUGUCAAGGCUCUGGAGACAGGAAGGGCCUUUGGCCACCUUGGGUAGUUGACCUGCCUUUUCUGACUCCGGGACGAGCCAGUCCUAGGCUGCCUCCGGGAGCACUUGAGGUAUCCCGCAGGCCAUGAGGACCCACUGGGCAGCUCCUGGACAGCCUCUUGGCUCCAGCCCCCACCCAAAAGUGGACACUGGCUCCGCCCUGGCCACCUGGGGACUGGCACUGUGGUGUACAGUGGCCCAAUGUGGCCAACGGAAGUUUUAUAAAAGACAAAAUGUAUAUCAAUAAACAUUUUAUAACUUGCA